AUGGAGGAAAUGGCCGGUGUUGUCUCAUCUGCGAGUCAAGAUGAGUCCUCCCUGGAUUACGUAUCUUCUGACAUUACCGCGGCACGCCUCGACCUUCUAGUCGGUCCAAACGAUUCACAUUGGGUGAAGAAGCACAAGUUCUUCACUGAGAGACUGAAGUCGGAUACUCCCAUCAAAGAAAUCGUUCGAGAAAACUUCACAUACCACGAGAGUCGCCUGUUGAUGCCAUCUGAUCGCGCAGAUGUGAAGGAAUUGCAAGCUGCCAAUACGAAGCGCUACAAGGCUCUUCUCAAUGACCGCUUCAAGGGCUUCGAGGACUCUUUGGCCACAAAGCUCACGAUGAUGUACUUUGGUUUGCCAAUUGCUCCGAUGGAGGACAUUAUCAAGGAGCUCUCUAUGGCUGUUGGUAUGGUGGAGGAAGUUCCGAUGUACAACAUCAAACCACCAAUGCAUUUUCUUACAGCCCACGAUCGUCGCAACUGGGGAAAGGAUAGCCUGAGAGCCAAGGAAGCCUUCAGUUGGCCCAUCCCGGUCCCCAAGACAAGCGAUCCGAUUUUGAGUCUUCGUGGAGGUGAAGGACCCAGCUCACUUCAACGGGAUGACAACGUUGUGUGUGACUACGUCCCCUCAACUGAGACUCCAGCAGACCCUGAUGAAGAAUGGACUUAUCUUUAUGGCCUGUAUGGGCGCUUGCCAUUUUGUCCUCGCAAGUGGCGAUCGUUUGCACUCGUCUUACGACAACUGUUGUAUAACCACCCUAGCAAUAUUAGGGAGAAGCAGUACAUAUUCGACCUGCAUCUUAUUGAUAAGAAGACGGGCAACCGAAAAACCUUUCGCGAUAAGUUACCCUUAUCAUCUGGUAGCAAAGCAAUGCUCUUCUUAGAGGGACAUUUUGCCGACGGCGGGAAAGUCAAGGGACACCGGAAUUGCUGUACUCUUUUUAUUGAACAUAUCUGGAAGGAAUCGGACGACGCAUUUGAGCAUUGGGAACCUUCCAAACAGCAACUGGAGACAGAUACCGUCAGGAUUGGGCGCUCCCUUGGGGCUUUCCUCAACGGACCCGAGGAGGAAGCUAUAAGUUAUGCUUAUAUCCCAUUUCCCAAAGUCAAUACCUCAAGCUUCGUUGCUAGCAACUAUGCAUCUCAACAGUACAAUACUCACUUCAGGGCCGCCACUGAUAUCCUCUUUGGUCGACCUAUGGGCAACAAAGAAGGGGGAUGCUCCGAGUACAACCAUGCCUUGUUCCGUCUCUACGACAGAAACAAGCCGGGCGCUUCAUUGACCGUACCCAUCGUUUACGGUGCCAUGGGUCUGCCGCAAUCAGCUUUGGAGCUUCUUCAUCCGUUGAACAACCCCGGCGCUUGCUGGAUGAUUGAAUGCAACUGGCUCGACCCAGAUGUGUCACCUCUUAUCUUUCCAAACUAUUACCCAAGUCCCAAUCCGCACUUGUUGGUAGAUAAGAGUAAUUCUGGCGAUGAAUAUAACAACGUCUUCCAACCGAUCUGUGAGAUUUCCACCGAGAGUUUUGACAAAGAGUCGAGCAGAAAGCUUGAGACAGUGUAUGUCCUUGAAGGUGGCCCAACAAAUAGCUAUGGGCAGGGUAUCAAGGGCUUGGAGGUUGUCCCGAAACGGGGUAAUGCUGAUGGGAAAGAUGAUCCCGUCGGACGCGUUGUUGGCCAAAAGAUCCAGUCUCUGUCGGCCUGGUUUUUGACCAUUCAUCCCCAUUUCCGCCCUGGGCACUGUCGUCUGUUUCCUGCUUGGCACAAUGGACAAGAGAUCUCGGUCGAGUUGCCACCUCUGACAUCCACAGUACGACAGCUCUUUGCUGCUAUAGAUCAGCUGGUAUCCAAGACCAAGUACGUGAGAGGUAUGGGCCAGGACCUCAUGUUACUCAAGGAGACUCUUUGUGCCAACAGCCGCGAAUAUCGAGAUACACCAUCGUACCUGAUCCGCCCUGGCUCAUCCGAUGAUGAAUGGUAUCGUGUGAGAGAGUCCAUUACAUCCCCUGACAUAACAGUCGAGUUUGUAAACAAAUCAGAUGUCGACUGGGUUGAAUGCAUAUCGGAGAACAACAUCUGGGGCAUUCGUGAGCUUAACCCCGAAUUCCAUGUCUCCCGCCCUCGGCUCGGCGGUGAUACUCUUGAAAUCAAGGACCUCAAAGAUCAAAUAGUCGACCCUGUUGCCAAUUACCCCUCAGCGCCUACAAGUCUCGGAUCACUGAGUUCUGAGGAUGAAAAGGACACUGAUAAACCACUCUCAUCUUUCAGAAAUAAGGCGUUUGUUAGCCCUACACUACCUCAGGCCCCCACGGUUUAUGAUGAAUUUGAAGCUGAGGAGGAUAAGGAGUAUGAUGUCGGUGUCCUGGCAACCAGUCGACCUGACUGGGCUGACGAACCUUACUGCGGAGACCGUCACCGGGCUUCCACAUCAGAAAUUUCAGACCCAGAUACGGAUAUUUACGGUUAUUCAGGAAAUGACUCGCCCUCUAGAGGUGGUUCAGUGUCUGGAGAUGCCCCUAAUCAAAGGGACCGGAUUCCAAUCUCUAGUAGUGACAGCAGUGAUGAAUCAAGGAGAGAGGAGGAUGAUGUGGGGAAUUACGACGAUGGCGAUGAUAGCGAAGGUGGUGAUGGGAAUGAACACGCCGCUGCCUCGCGUCCUGGUCCCCCCAGCCAGCCACUAUGGGAUUUGAAUGAGAACUCACCACGAGUGGCUCGAGAACGCACAUGGUCCACUCAACCCAGUAUCUUUGGUGACCUCAGAGCUGGGUCUGCGCCAGCUGUAAUUGGAAUCCCUGUGACUGGAGCGCCUGCAGAGCAGAUGCUUCGCACCGACGAUUCUGGUAAUGUCCCGAUGAUCCUCAAAGCCUUCCUCACACCCACCGAGCAAUCUGAGCUUCAGCGCAAGUACUGGGACACCCGUAACCUACUUCUCAAGCGCACCAUGCAGUGCCUCUUCGAGGACUGCGACUUCACCUGCCGGGCUGAUGAUCAUGAGGCCAGGAAGAAACAUACUCAGGAAGCUCAUAAGUCGCGAAUGUGUCCUUGGUGCGAAGAGCUACUGUUUGAAUGGUGGGAUAGGGCUCAGAGGAAUAAGCAUAUGCGGGAGAGGCAUACCAAGGACCUGAAGAAUGUCUUGGGUAUCGUAGAUGGGCCUGUCCCUGGGUCGACGCCUGCAGUACCUCGCCCAUCGAAGCCCCCUCAGCAACCUGCACGCUAUCCCCCGUCGGCAUUUCAACCACAAUCUUCCCAACCGUUCUCUCUGGGACAAGUUGACAGUCCUUUCACCACACUUCGUUCAGCUCCCCCUCGCAGCCCAGCUCCUGUGGCUCAUAUGGCACCUGGUACAGCGCUGGACCCUGGGCAACGUCGUUAUGAGGAGCUUAUGCGCUUGUCUCGUCCAAGGCCACCAAACCUCCCCUCCGACGGUAGGGCGCCCAAGAGACUACCGGUAGAUGCACCGAUAGUAGAAAGGAUCUGCCAGUCUGGCCCUGUUCAGAGGGAGCUUGAACAAGCGAGAAAGUCACGGCAAUCGAUGGAUAAACAUAAACUUUCUGGACCUCCGCGAACUCUCAAAAACCCUCUUGCCUGGUAUGACAAGACUGGACCAGUGAUUGUCGUUGAUCCUCCACAGGUUUGUGGCGUCCGAGGCUGCAAAUCCGAUGUUAGCGGGCUCGGUGCUUGGGGUCUAUACGACCACAUCACGAGAGGCCAUUGGCGUGAUGAGGUUACGAUGUGUCCAUUCUGCGAGCUUCCUUUCUUCGAAGUCGAGGGUACAGAUGAGAAAGGAAAUGAAAUAAGAAGCCAACGCAGUCCAACAGAAUGUAGGAAACACUUGGACUGCCAUGUCUAUGAACUCUGGGAACAUCUGCAGCCAGUUUUGCAACGUCCGGAGAUGGUCUAUUCCCAAAGCGUCGGGAGCCCGCUGAGGGGGGAAGUCGAAACGAUUAGGAUGAUCAGACCAACGCCGGCGGAAGAGAGGGAAGCAAGAGUUCAAGAGUCGGCCAGAAAGAAGGCUGAAAGGGAAGUCAGGGCGAGGCUCCAACAGAGAAGGGCCAAUAGAGCCAAGGCCUAUCUUGAAGAGCAAAAGGCCUCACAGCGUCCUCCCGUUGAGAAGUGUAGAUACUUCGGGGAGUGCGGUACGGUCAUCGAGGGUAUGCCUGUCGAGGAGUAUGAGCGUCAUAUUAAGGAUUAUCAUACAAAUCGACAAAGUGACUCAGAUGGCGAGGACGAGGACGAGGACGGAGACAUGUGCGAUGUCGAUGUCAAUGUUGAUGUUGAUGUUGAUGUAGAGGUCGGUGUUGAUGUCGGUGUCGAUGUCGAUGUCGAUGGCGAGGAUGAGGUUGUGGAUGAGUCCAGCGAGUCAACUGGCGCUGUGGUGGUGACCAAGAAGUCUGCUCCCAAGAAGCCAGCCCCCAAGCCUGCCUCCAGUAAACCCCCUUCCAAGAAAGCGCUGGGGAAACGCAAGGCUGUGACACAGGAGAUUGAAUCGGCGGCUGAGAGCGAAGCCCCUUCUACAGUUUCUCGUGGUCGACGACGACAUAACAAGGCUCAGGAAGAACCGCCCGAGGCCACGGCCUCUUCCACUGAAGCACAAGGCAGCGAGGCUCAGGGAAGUGCCGCCCGAGGACGAGCCCGGAGUAAGAAGACUAGGAAGACUCGCCGUACUGGAGAAAAGGAUAGCCAGUGUGACGAUGAUGGGUAUGAGACGAACGACUACGACGAGGAACCAAACGAGAAAGGAGGAAAGCCCUUCCGUCGUCGAGCGAAGUCUCCCGACUGGGUGAAGAAGCUCGGUCCUGAAGAUCCUAACUUUGAUCCCGACGACGACAUGCACUGCUCCAAGUGUCUACGCAAGGUGCCUAAGAAGCGAAGCAAGAGUCCGAACCACUCACCCAUCGGUCGCGAUGGAGAAGUCGAGGCUCAUACUGAUAAGAAGCGAUGCUGUCGUAUCCGCAACGCCCCAGGUUCAAUUGAAGGUCUCCCCAACCGCAGCGGCUGGAUCAAAUACUCUGACAUACCCAAGGCGCUCGGCGAGAUCAAGAUAUCAUUCCUCCGUCGCUACCCAACAUACGCACGCACAGUAUACCCCACCAAGUCAAGCGACCACUUCGCAUCGGUCUGGCGCUCCGACCCCAACAACCCAGACAACGAUGAAUGGUGGGACAUUCCAUGGCCUCCCUACGAGGGCGACCCUCCCUUCCCUGGAUCGUGGGAAGCGCUCGGUCUGCCAUGGGAUAACACCUCGGACGGACGAAAGCGACGCAAGUUGUACACCGGAAUAGAAGUCCCCGAUUCCUUGUAUGAGUAUCAAAGCGAACCUGACACCGAUGGGUCGAUGUCUGCGGCUGUGCCGGAGAAUAUUGGUAAUCUCACUAUUGAUGCUACACCGGCUUUGAAGAGGCCUGAGAGUGCGAUUACGUCGAUUGAGGAGGAGACUGAGGAACAACCUGUUGCGAAGAAGCCCAAGAUUGGGGCCAUUCCCAGACGUGGGAGGAAGCCGAGCACGCAGCCUUCGCGUGCCUCGAGUCGAAUACGUAUGCAGAGAGCCGGUACCGCUUCUACAGCUCCUUCGACGGCGGUUUCGACGGCUGUUUCGAGGGCUACUUCAGUUGCGGCUGCGACACCUGCGCCGAAGGCUCCGAAAGCUGCCCCGAAAGCUGCCGCGAAGACUACUUCAAAGGCUGCCCCGAAAAGUGCACCAAAGCCUGCACAGAAGCCCGCAUCGAAGCCUGCCACGAAACCUGCACCGAAAAAGGCGACUCGCUCAAAGACUGCGACUCCGGCUCCAGAGCCUGCCCCAAAGCCUGCUGCCAAACCUGCCGCGAAGACUGCUACUAAAAAAGCAACUCGUUCAAAGACUACGACUCCGGCUCCAGAGCCUGACUAUGAUAGCAGUGAUCCAGAUAGGUGA